CUGCGCUCUAAAAUCAAAGAUACCAUACACAACAAUGAAAAAGUACUAAUUAUGAUACUUAUAUGCAACAUAUGUGUUGGUAUGAAUACCUAUACCAUCAAAAAAGUGGAUAAUAUCAAUCUGGUAGUAAUUCAAUACCUUUUUUUAUACUUCGUUCAGUUUUCAGAAACUAUGGUUGCAAUGGAGCAUGUUGAAUUUGCCCGUAGCUUAGCACCGUUUUUGAUGAUAUAUUUGCUAAUAUGUAAUGGAAAUUUUGGUGCCUUAGCAACACAAGGUGAGCAAAAACAUUGUUACAAUCACAUUUAGGGAAACAGAAGAAAAACGUCAUUAAAUGUUUUCUUUCGUUAUCGUUUUAUUUUAAAAAGGGUAUUCUUUAGGGAAAAUAGAAGAAAAACCUCAUAAAAUUAUUCAUUUGCCUGAAAACAUGUGGCUUCUUAUUUCAGUUGGUCGAAUCACUCAAUCCGUAGUAUUCUCUUAAAUUGUUUAAAGGAAAAUUGCUAUUGAUUUUCUAAGUUCCUGCUGGAGUUAAACUUUGUUUGAUGCUGUCAAGAAAUACACGGCAGAGAAUAUUUUCUAACUUUAUUUUAUUUUACUUCAUUUGAGUUUUUUCUGAGAAUGGGAAGUCACAUUGCUCGCUUGCAAAGUCCGCAGAUUUUGUGAAAUAUCUUAUUUCAAGAUCUGCCAAGGGUUUUUAUUUCAUGUAACCUGCUGAGGGAAUAAAGGUAAAGACAGACCGGCAUGGACUCCCCAUGUGGCUUUUGGGGUCUCGUCGCAUUAUCGUCUUCAAAUUAUAUUUUUGUUCUCACAAGCGUAUCUUUAAGGGAUUUCCCCUUUUUGUAAGACAUGAUCGGAGGUUUAGUAAAAAUUGUUUUCAGUAAAGGCUGAUUGUGUAUCAGACUCCAAUGUUUCAUCGGUAUUUGUUUAAAAUUUUUAACUGAAGGGUGUAGCGUUGUGACAAAAGGCAAUUAACGUUCGUGACCUUUUGGCUUCUCUGUACGUGUAAGAGCCGAUUGAAAGGCAAAGUUGACCCCUAACAGAGACCUUUCUAUGAUGUUUUCUGGGUACCCUCUCGCUUUGAGGCGUUGUUUGAAUUUAAACAUAUAUAUUAUUUUACGCCUGGUGGGUGGCACGAGGCGAAGUGCGUAAAUUGGAAGGUCUCGGUCGGCUUGUAAUGGGUUUUGAUGUCCAAGAUGGAAUCUUUUGCGAAUAUUUCUCCAUUAAACAUUGUGGUAUCUAGGAAAAUGAUUUGUAUCUCUGAUAUUUCGGCCGAGAAUUUGAUAGUUAGCUCGUUUAAACCGAUUUACCUCUUUUCUGUCGCAAUCCCAAAGGAAGAAAACGUCAUCAAUGUAAAGUUUCCAUUCUCUUGGCUUAGUUUCGCCUUGUUGAAUUAAUUUCAUUUCAAUUUCCGCCAUGAAAAUAUUGGCAAAUGACACUUCCAUUUUCGUACCCAUAGCGGUUCCAUGUGUUUGGAGGAAUUUCUCCCCAUUAAAUUGAAAUGAAUUUUCUUUAACCCUUUAACUCCCAGAAGUGAUUAAAAUGUAACUUCUCCCUAUAAUAUCCAUACAUUAUCCAGCAAACAGGUAAUAAGAAUACUCAAACUUAUCAGGUAGAAGUUGUAACCUUGAUCUAAAACCAAUUCUUGUAACUAAAUUACAAGGAAAUGUAUAGAAGCUAGAGAGGAGAAUAAACAAUCGGAUCUUGGGAGUUAAAGGGUUAAGGAUCUAGCCAAGCAUUCCCUGAGGUAAAGCGUUGGGAUCGGUGCGUUAUAGUUGUGGAACUUUUCGUAUGCUUUACGUACUAUAUCCGUUCCUUCUUCUUGAGGUAUAUUUGUGUAAAAACUGAGGGUUUAUAUGUUAGACAUACUUACGGAUUUCAUCCAACAAAAUUCAAUAAAGCCAUAAGUAUAACUGACAGAAGUGAACGCUUCGAGUGGAUGGUGGGGGGCCAAUUUUUUUCUGUGAGCAAAGCUCAUCAUGAGAAUCUGUGAACCACGGAUUCAUACCCUGUCGAGUUCCAAAGGGAAAAGAACAAUUAGGCUGACUUGUUUCAAUGGUGUUGUAGCAACGAUAAGCAUAAAGGAGUAGUUUAGUUGGUCUUGUUCAUACCUUUCCAACGAAAAAAAAAAUUCUAAACAUACUUCUCAUUUCGUCAGGGUGUGGGAUCUUGAUAAAUGAUUCAUUGGUAAGUCCUAGAUAUCCAAGUGACUAUCCCAACAAUGUGGAUUGUGAUCAUUUAGUUCCCAUUCCACAAGGUGUGGCAUUAGAAAUCUAUUUCGAGGAUUUUGAUGUGGAGUACCACCCCCAGUGUGAGUAAGUAGUGAAUCAAGCAUGAUGAAGCAUAUGAUUAAAGCGUACAAUUAUUUUACUCACAGGAUCACGUCAAUAGUUAUAAUUUUGAUUGACGGGCUAUUUGCUGUAAAUAUCCAGCGUAAAAUUUGCAGUUAACCCUUCAAGAGUCGAUCCGCCAUCUUUGAUAAGAUGCGUACUCUCUCCAGACUCUCACGGGCGUGUUAGCGCCACGUAAUUGUACAUGGUAUGGGCUUCGGUGGCUCACGUCGACAAAGUCGCCAGCCGACUGAAAGUACCGUUGUCGUGUUGGAAAUGGCCUUAUUCGAUAAUAUUUUGUUUAGAUAUGCUUUAGCCAGUUAGGCAUUUGCUUCGAAAAAAGAAAUUUUUGUUCUGCCUUCAGCGUUCAUCUGUUUCUUCGUUUCCUUUCAUUCUGUUCCCUCGGUACAAACAUUACGUAUCACCAUUACUUCCUUCUUUGUAGAUUUGACUAUGUUGAAAUUUCUAAGGAGACUGGGCUUGUAUUUGGACGCUACUGCGGAGAGAUUUCUAGACGUGAAAUUGCAGUCAGUGGGGACUAUGUCUUGAUAACAUUCCAUUCAGACAGUAAUGUUCAGGGGAGAGGAUUUUCCUUCCUUUUAAGAAAUGUUUCCUUUGGUAGGUAUGCGAUAGGGAUCGAAUACUGCGGCAAAGUCUACACCGUGAUUAAUCAGUUCUUCUCUUUUCUGUCUGUCUGUUUUUCACGCAUAAACUCCUUUUGAGAUCUGUAUCCCACACUGCAGCAUAUCAAUGGCACUGAGGUUAGGGGCCUCACAAACUCGUUGUAGUCACUGGGUACAUGGCUGUAAGGAACAGGAAACUCAAUUCCAUACUUGACAAUCUCUUUUUCUCUUUGUAUUAUCACAGUAAUGAGAUGUGAUUCUUUCACCUUCAGUGAACACGCAGACGCAUGGCUAGAAAUUUUCAUUGGGACCUCGGAACGGUAUUCUCCCGUCUGAAAUUGGCCCAAUUAGUAUCGCUAAUUAAUUGAAAAGGAAAAAAAAAACAACAACAACAACAACAAAGCAAAACUUAAUUAUAGCUUUUCAAGUGGUGAGUGUUCUAAGAUCAGAUGUGACAAAAUAAGUCUCUUUAUAUAAUAGUUCAAAAUAAUGAGUAUUUUUACCAGACAAUUAAUGCAUAGCCGCUCGAUUAGGAAAUAUGGCGAACACUCUCAGGAGUGAGUUUCCCUUAUAUCGAUUACAUGCCUCUGUAAAUCAUAAUUACAACAAUUCUAUUUUAGCUGCACCCAGCGUAUCCUUACCGUCUGUAGUGGAAACCUUACCAGGUCAUAAAGUGGAAUUUUUCGUGAAUGGAACAUUUCCUCUAAAUACAACAGUUAUGAAGAACUCCACCGUAUUGUUUACAGGAGUAGAAAGUACGGCAGCCCUUAUAUUCCAUGAAGAAGGAAACCUCACUUGUAUGGCUAGGAAUUCAUUUGGCUCUUACUUCAAAGAAUUCUCUGUGAUAUUUGGA